GUGUUCCUCCCCCAUCUGGGUCAGAUGUGCGCAGUAGUUUGCUGCAGCCUGAAGCGGUGCACUCACACACAGCUGCCACAGUGGACAAAAUCUGCUGCAGCAUUUUACUGCUCAAUGAAAUUUAAUCUAUUACUUCGUACUUGUAGGAAAAUACGAGACUGGCCCUAGGUGAAGCAAAACAACACUGCAGACACCUUUUCAGAUUUAAAUUUUUUUUCUGCCCAAGCAACUCUACAAAUGGAGAAUGGAGAUUGGGGUCGUAAGGUGACUAGUCCUGUUACUUUAAAUGUAGGGGGCCACCUUUACACCACCAGUUUAUCCACUCUGCAACGCUACCCAGAUUCUAUGCUUGGAGCCAUGUUUCGAGGAGACUUUCCCACAACCCGGGACUCACAUGGAAACUACUUCAUAGACCGAGAUGGAACACUCUUCCGUUACAUCCUAAACUUCUUGCGGACAUCUGAACUUACUCUUCCUCUUGACUUCACGGAAACAGACCUUUUGAGGAAAGAGGCUGACUUUUAUCAAAUUGAACCUUUAAUCCAGUGCCUUAACGACCCCAAACCGCUGUAUCCUCCUGAUAUCUUUGAACAGGUAGUGGAGCUGUCAAGCACAAGAAAACUGUCAAAAUAUUCAAAUCCAGUUGCUGUUAUAAUUACCCAACUUACUAUAACCACAAAGGUUCAUGCCCUGCUUGAAGGUAUUGCUAACAAUUUCACCAAAUGGAACAAACAUAUGAUGGAUACAAGGGAUUGUCAGGUAUCUUUCACAUUUGGACCAUGUGAUUAUCAUCAAGAGGUCUCCCUCAGGGUUCACCUCAUGGACUACAUUAUGAAACAAGGCUUUACUAUUCGAAACACGCGUGUACAUCAUAUGAGUGAACGUGCCAAUGAGAACACUGUGGAGCACCAUUGGACUUUUUGUCGACCAGCUCACAAAGUGGAAGAUUGAGGACCAGCACUUUUUAAAAUUCUUAAACUAUUACAGAAUUACUCUCCGAGGCCAGCAUAUAUAAUAUAUUGUUAGACUCAAAAAAGAGAACUACAAAUUAUGUUAAACUAAGUAUAAAUCACAGCCUACCACGGAGCAGAAAAAAAACUUAUUAUGAUAAAGGGCCAUGGCUAUUUGUGUUUAAAAAUGAAUGUGUAGGUUUAUUAUAAAGAUUGUUCAAACAAUAUACCACAAUGUAAGUAUAAUAAAUGUGACUUUUACCUGUAAUUUCAUGAACAUCAACAAUUACGUGCCGUGUACCACAAGAAACAGUGACAUUCCUCAAAUGCAUUCCUCAAACCUAAAAAAGUUUUUACUGACUGAUUGGGUGUAGACCUAUGAAUUAAAAAUCUCAUAGCAGUUAAGUUACAAUUUAAAAUGAUUGAGUGAACCACUGUGUGCAAAAAGCCACUUAAACCAUUCCUGUAAAGUUUUUUCUAAUUGCUUGAAAAAUCUUUGACCAUAAUAAAGUAGUAGGUCUAAUAGUUUUAGAUUUGAUCAACAUUGUGUAUUGUUAAAGUAUUUGUAACUUCAUCUUGUUGAGUCUACAAAACACUUUUUUUUGGUACAUUUUUGUAUAUCUAUGUUGCAUGUGUCUGCAUGUCUUGUAUACGUAUGUACUUGUGCUACAAUAUUAAGUCAGACUGUUACAUAUUAAUUCCCAUCAAUGAUGUGUUGAGUCCUCAGUGUUAAAUAAACGGAUUUGUAUA